AGAGUCUUUUCCAAAGAAGACUUCCUAGAAAGCAAGUCAACCACAGUAGAAAAGACUGGAGAUGCACUGUGGGUUGAAAAUUGAGGAGCAUUCCUAGCAGCUGACCACAAGAGACAUUGGUCUCUCUUAAGGGAUCUGUGGUUGAGCGGUCGUCAUAAAGGCUGAGGUUGGGGCAGUAAGUCCCUGAAAAACACCUUGCAUGACCAAAAGAUUCCAAGGUCAGUUUACAUCAGCGCGAGUCAAGCAAUAUCUUUCAUACCCUGUAACUUUUAUCCCUCUUCUCCUUCCCUGCUCCAACCUUGGAAGGAUCAGAGACCAAAGUUGAGGGCUAGGAAUAGGGGAAGAAGAGACACACAAAACAAGAAGCAGAGGUGCCUAAAUCCCACCCGGAGAGGGAAGGAAGGAGUUGGAAGACACACGACGGACAGCGCUGGGGGUGGAGGGGGGCCCUCAGGACACACAAGCCGGAGCUAAAGGCAGCCUCACGGCAAACAUCGGCACGCGCACGGACGCCGGCUCCUGAGGCGCGCGCGCGCGCGCACGGACGCCGGCUCCUGAGGCGCGCGCGCGCGCGCAUGUGCACUUCCGUUAGUCAACCGUUUGGCCAGUUAUUCUCGGCCAAGAGGUGUUGAUGUUCCCUGUGUGUCUGUGUGACGGAGAUUGGGUGGGGUCCCCUCUAGCACUGGUUCUGGGCUCGGGGGACGGUGAAAAGCCGAGGGACAGCUGAGGUGUCUCCGGAGCCGGUGCCUCAGCGAUGGAGAGGAUUUUCGGCUUGGGGAGGAGGCAGAUCAAUCGGUCGCUGAGCUCCCGCAGCCUCUGCGGGGCCGACGGGUCGGGUUACCUCCUCCGGGACCAGGACCUUGGCGAGAUCCACAAGGCCGCCAGUCGUGGCAAAGUGGCCAAAGUGCAGCAGAUCCUGUUGCUCGGAAAAAAUGGCGUGAAUGACAAGGACAAAAAGAACAGGGGCUACCCGCAAGCGGCCAUCAAACCGAGAGGCUCAGCUCCUUCCGUCUGAAGAGCCCGAGUGCCUAGGACUUGGAAACUUUACCUGGGGUUUGGCGCCCAGCGGGUCUUCAGGAGCAACAAGAACCAGUACAAAUCCUUUUGCACUCACAAAUCCCUUAGAGAGUACCAAUGUUAAAGUGAUUUAACCAAGUGUCAAUAGAAAGAAAUGAAAUUGUCUAUAUAAUGAUGUACACAUGUUUAAUACGUUUCAGAAAACUGCAUGAUGGGAGAAAUAAUUCCCACAGUAUAUCAACUUCUGGGCUAAAAAUUCUUCCAAUACAAUCCAAUAUCUAUUUUAUGCACAGGUAUUCACUAACAGCUAUACCUGUGCAUAUCUGUCCUUUAGGGGGGUUUAGAAGG